CAGUGGAGAUUGACACGGAAAAGGGCCGAGGAUCUGUCGCCUGGGUGCGCUAGGAUUACUCGUGCAUUUGGUUAACGGAUUAAUUUCGGACUGCGGAAUGCUUCUUACGAGCUGCUGCCAUUCUUGAGUACGCACGUGGGAUCUGAGAGACCGGUGUGAGCGGUAGCCCACAGCUCCACCCCUUUGGACGAGCUGGCUGCAGUCGGAAUGUUUGCCAGCGGGAUGUUGCAGCAAAGCAGCGUGGGAAACAAGCGUUCCAUGGGCAUUCCGCGUUUCUCCAACUCCCACUUCCUCCCGCUGGGAUCCAGCUCUGGAUCCAGGUCAGGAUCUGCCAGCUCGGGUCUAGGACGGUCCGCUAAAAGUGGCUCCCUGAGCUCCAUCAGCUCCGGCUCGGAUAAUCUGGAUGUGCCUGGCACUGACCCGGACUACAUCAUGCAGCUAGUCAGUGAUGUUCGAAAAUUCGCAGACUUGCUGCUUCGUCUCAAGGAGGCUUUUAACUCCAAAGAGCACCAAGACUGCCUUCACCGGGUGGUUCAUGAGCGUCUGGGGGAGCUGUUGCGUGUGCUGAAGUCUGUGAUUGGCACACACCCAACACUGAACUCUGUGGACAUCCUCAGUGCAGCUGGAACAGUCAUCGCAAAGGUUAAAGGUGUGAAUUUCAAGGAGGUCAAUGAAGAUAGCAGACAGGAGCUCUUUGGGGAGAUCUACUCAUCCAUAGAUACGCUGGCCUUCACCUUCGGCAAUGUAGUAUCUGACUUCCUUAUGGGUGAUGUAGAGAGCGGAUCUUCACUGGGGCGUGCCCAGACCCGCAGGAGUAGGUCGUCGGAGAACCUGUCGGUGGAGUCUGGGAGAUGUGUUCCAGAGAGUGACGACCCUCCAGGUCCCUCUCCACCUGUGCGGUUGGAGGAGUUGGACAGUGUGCUCCUGGAGUGUGACAGUGGGGUGGAGUCAGCUCUUCUCUAUGCAAAAGCCUGGUCUAAGUACACAAAGGAGCUGCUGACCUGGGUUGACAAGCGACUUAAUAUGGAUAUGGAGAGCGCCAAAAGCCUGGCCAAAAUGGCGGAAUCCGCAAAGGCUCUAGCAAGUCAGCAGGAGCAUAUGCCGUUCAGGGAUAUCUACAUGUCAGCCUUUGCCAACGAUCUGGAGUACAGCCAGGUCCUGCUACAUACAGCUUCUUCCCUCCAGACCAAUAAAUUCAUGCAGCCGCUCCUGGCACGGAAGAACGAGUUGGAUAAACUGAGGAAGGAGGUGAAGGAGCAAUGGCAGAGAGAACAGAAGAAAAUGCAUGAAGCUGAGAGUGCUCUGAAGAAGGCCCGGGUCCUGAGAGACCAGAGGCAGGAGGAGUAUGAGCGAGCGCGAUGCUGUACCAGCCGUGCUGAGGAUGAGCUACUGGGCACAGGAGGAAAACAGCUGGAGAAGAGACGACGCCUGGAGGAUGAAGCACUUCAGAAGGCGGAGGAAGCUCAAGAACAUUACAAGCACUGCAUUUCGGAUGUGGGCACCAAGCGAGUGGAACUGGCCAAUGCCAAAAGUGCCAUCCUCGCUCAGCUUCGCGCCAUUAUCUUUCAGUGUGAUCUAACUUUGAAAGCAGUGACAGUGAACUGGUUCCAGAUGCAGCAAGCUCAGGUGGUGUCCCUGCCUGUGAACAAUCAGACUCUGUGUGAAAGCGCGAAACUCUACGAGCCAGGGCAGCGCUACACAGAGUUCGUAAGGGGCCUUGCCUCGGACAGGAGCAGAGCAGAGUCCUUCACCUUCCAUCUAGCUGGGACUCAGAAUGCAGGGUCUCCGCUCACCAAGAGGUCCGUGAGCAUCACCCAUUCGUCCCAAGGGAACCUGUCCCAGGUAUCUGGCACUUCCGGAGACUUCUUGAGCUUGGAUGAAGUGGAAGGUCCUAUACCUGCAGGGAAGAUUGCUGAGAGAUGCUCCCACAGCAGCACCGAUAUUCAAGCUCUGCGGAUCCAGACUCCAUUUAAAACAUGGGCAGUGGGGAGUCAAGGAGGGGGAAUGUGCAGUGAUUCAGAGAGUGCAGGAGGCAGUAGUGAGUCUCGCUCGAUGGACUCCCCUACAGCCAGUCCAGGGGACUUUAAGAGGAGACUUCCCCGGACCCCUUCUACGGGGACCAUGUCUUCAGCAGAUGACCUGGAUGAGAGAGAGCCCCCUUCUCCUUCUGAUAAUGGUCUGAGUGAAAUGGUGACAGAGACAGCCAGUUCUCCCGGACCUUUCCGGAACACGCAGAUGUCAAAAGCAGCACAAACACACAAGCUGAGGAAACUGCGAGCGCCAUCGAAAUGCAGAGAGUGCGACAGCCUGGUGGUGUUUCAUGGUGCUGAGUGUGAGGAGUGUUCAUUAGCCUGCCAUAAGAAGUGUCUGGAGACUCUGGCCAUCCAGUGUGGUCAUAAGAAGCUGCAGGGGAAGCUCCACCUGUUUGCCGUGGAUUUCGCUCAGGCCGCAAGGAACAGCCCUGAUGGAAUCCCCUUCAUCAUCAAGAAGUGCACGUCUGAGAUUGAGAACAGAGCCCUCGGCAUCAAGGGAAUCUACCGGGUGAAUGGGGCCAAAUCACGAGUAGAAAAGCUAUGUCAAGCUUUUGAGAAUGGCAAAGAUUUGGUGGAGCUGUCUGAUCUCUACCCUCAUGACAUCAGCAAUGUGCUCAAACUGUACCUGCGCCAGCUUCCAGAACCUCUCAUCCUGUUCCGUUACUAUAAUGACUUUAUCGGACUGGCGAAGGAGAGUCAGAGCGUUAUUGUGGAUGAGAUGGAGGCGUCCUGUGGAAGUCCAGCUUCCGAGGCACUUCCCAUCAGUGUUGAGCUCAACCGCGUCCUCUUCAAGAUCAAAGACCUGCUGCGCCAGUUGCCAGUAGCCCACUACAAAACACUGCAGCUGCUCAUGCAACACCUGCACAGAGUGACAGAAAAGGCCGAGGAGAACAAGAUGACGGCCAGCAACUUGGGCAUCAUAUUUGGCCCCACGCUGAUCAAGCCACGGCAAACAGAUGCCGACAUCUCGCUCUCCUCACUGGUGGACUACCCCUACCAGGCCCUGAUUGUCGAGCUUCUCAUCAGACAUUACGUGAUGAUCUUCGACACUCCUCUGAGCCCCCUCCCAGCCACCUCCCCCACGGGGGAGAACUCCCCCCUGCCCAUCAAAUCCCGCUUGACUCCGAAUGAAAAGGAGCAGCGACUGAACCGCCACUCCAGGUCCCUGGUGGACAUUAAGGAGCAGCGUCAGUGCACCAAGACAUAUAAGAGGCACUCCUCUGUCAUCCCUUCUACCCACCUCCUGGAGGAGGUGAAGGAGGUGAAAUUAAGGACAGACGGGAAAGAUUUUGCUCCAGUUGUGGAUGUUGAUUCAGACAACCUGAAUGGACUGCUGUCCUCAAGUGUCCCUGAAGGACAGAACUCACCUGGACUGGGGAGGAGGAACCACAUGAGCAGGGUGCAGCUCCGCCCACCACGACCCAAAAUGGUGUCCCGCCCUCUCAGCAUGCCAGCCGAGCGCCUCCUCAACCCUACCCGGGUCGACGAGCGCAAUGCCCGCAACUCUGCCCACCAAAUGGAGGUCAGAGGUUGCAACCCUGCCAUCGAAGAGGUAUCUGAAGAAGAGAAGCCCAGAGUGAGGGCCAGGAGCCACUACAGGAAUACCUCCAUUGACACACACACUCUGCGCAGGACUUGGGAUAAGCAGUACAAGCAUUAUGACAUCACUGCACGGACUGCUGCAAUCGUGGGCAAGCUUCCAGCAAACAGCGAAGCAGCUUGCACUAACUCACUUUCUACAUCUCCAUCACUGGACUCCUUGUCUGAGUAUGCCAAAACCAGCGUCAAAGCCAUCUACACUAACAAGCCCAGCGUAGCUGCUGGGCGAUUCGGACCAACUCUUCACAGAGAGGGGAACGUUGUUGACUACAGCCCCGCACCUGCUGCCUUCAGACCACCCCGAACCCUGCAGCCUCCUCCUGGAACCUUCUACAAACCACCAGGCAGCCAGGCCAGAGCACCAGUGGACACCUGUGCAAAAACAACAGCAUUAAGCACGAACAGUGCAGAGGAGGAGGAAGAGGAGGAGGAGGAGGAGGAAGAAGAAGAGGAGGAGUUCUGCCUGGAGGUCUCGGUGGAUGGCCCCGAGGCAGAGGCUGACCGCGUAAGCCCUCUGUCCCCUCCUCAGUCUCCCAGUUCCAGCCCAGAGGAGGGGGAUCAGAGCCAAAUUAAGCCAGUCUACCAGAGACUCCGGGCCAGACAUGUGCAGGACUUUGAGAACAGGGAAGCCCAUUUCGUGUAAGGAGAUGCCAGAACUGUAUAAGAUCAUAUUACUGUAUGUAUAAGCAAUUGCAAGUGUGUAUAUAUACACAGCAUAUAUAACUGAACUGUGAAGAGACCCAAUGAAGUGGUGUGGGUGUCUGGUGGUGGUUUGUAUGUGUAACACGCACACACCCACACACACGUACACACACACUAUUAUAUUACUCGUUAUGUUUGCAAAUGGCAGCUUGUAAUGAUCGAACAAGCUCAUGGACCAGUAUUAAUACACAAUGCACUUAGCUGAUCUUUAAAAAAUAAAGAUGAAACUGUUCAUCUAAACAUUAGGCCCGACUUAAAUGUAAAUAAGGAUACAAAGUCAUGAGAGUAAAUGCACAACAAAGAUUUUAAAGACGCUACUCGGAGCAGUAGCAGGACUGCUAUUGAAUCGUGCAAUUACAUUUUUUAUAAUUUGCAUUGUACUAAACUUUUAAUAUAUACUUUCAUUAUAUAUUUUUUUUGCGUUUUGUGUAUGUUUUAUACCAAAAACAAGUUGAUCAAAACUGUUACAGUUGCGUGGUAUCAUCACUUACAUCAUCUUACAGCAAAUUAAUGCACUUACAAAGACCAAGUCUUCGGUCGUGUCAGCCGCGGGACAUUUGUAAUGCAGUAUUUUUUCAAGAUUACUUGUGCUUCGCAGAACAGAAAGAGACUGUAUCCACGUGUUUGUCAAAGCUAGGUGUUUGUACAUGUGACUUUUUAUUAUUAUUCACUCAUUACACAUGUGCUGAUUUUAUGUAUUAUUUACUUACAGUUUUGUGCACAGACCAUGUUUAUAUAUUUUUACAUUAACGUUUAGACCCUUUUUCUGUGGGUUUUCAGAAAUAUCUUAAUCAUUAAACAUACCUUCCCAAAGGUUUAAAUAUAAUUGUAUACAAGUUUAAGAUAUCUCAGCAACCAUCGAAAAGUUUAACUGCGUCAACAAGAGAUCUGGCCAAAAUAAGUGCUUCUUUUACUCUAUGUAACAGUCUGACGCAUACUAGGGGUCCUCCUGGUAUUGUUUUACCUUUUAUUCAAGUGUACGAAACAGGUAGCCUACAUGUGAUAACUCACUUUUGUAAUUUAUUAAAAAAUGUUGACCACAAA